GCGGCGGGUGGGGCGGAGCGUGGGCGGAGCGUGGCCGGGCCAUGGCGCUGCGGCUGCUCAGCCUGUGGCGUGGCUGCAGCCCCCGCCCGCUCCGCAGCCGCCUCUUCGCUCGCCGUUUACAGCUCAGCGCGCUGAAGAAGGCGAAGGCGGCGGGCGAUGAGACGGGCCCGUCCUCGCCGCUCAGCGCGGAGCUGCAGGAGCGCAUCCUCAGGAACAAAGAGGCGGCCCGGCAGCGGCUGGCGGAGCGGAGCGUGCCCCUGGGCUUCGGCGAGAGCUGGCGGCGGCAGCUGGCCGCGGAGUUCUGCAAGCCCUACUUCGCGGAGCUGAUGGCGUUUGUGGCUGAGGAGAGGAAGCGCUACACGGUCUAUCCGCCCCCUGAGCAAGUCUUCACCUGGACGCAGAUGUGUGACAUCAGGGAGGUAAAGGUUGUCAUUUUGGGACAAGAUCCAUACCACGGACCUAAUCAAGCUCAUGGGCUCUGUUUCAGUGUCCAGAAGCCUGUUCCACCUCCCCCCAGUUUAGAAAACAUUUACAGAGAGCUGUCUAUGGAUAUUGAGGGCUUCACUCAUCCAGGCCACGGUGAUCUCACUGGCUGGGCCAAGCAAGGAGUGCUCCUGCUCAAUGCUGUCCUCACGGUGCGAGCUCACCAGGCCACCUCCCACAAGGAGAGAGGCUGGGAGCAGUUCACGGAUGUGGUGGUGUCCUGGCUCAACAAGAACUUGCACGGGGUUGUCUUCAUGCUGUGGGGAGCCUACGCCCAGAAGAAAGGCAGCUCCAUUGACAGGAAACGGCACCACGUCCUGCAGACGGCUCAUCCCUCGCCCUUCUCUGUCAACAGAGGCUUCUUUGGCUGUCGGCAUUUCUCCAAGACAAACGAGUUGCUGAAGAAGUCUGGCAAGAAGCCCAUUGACUGGCGGGCGCUCUGAGCUGCUGCAGGGCCCCUGGGCUCUGGUGGCUGGGCUCAGCCCCUCUCCCGGGGCUGGGCUUGUUUCAUGGAAACCUUUUGCUGACCUGAGAAUGACUUUUUGGGUGUUUAUCAAGCAACACAGGCCCAGACUUGCAGAGAUGUACUGUUUUUUUUCUCCUCUGCCUCAGCCUGCUCUGAAGCAAAUUAAACCCCCCAGAGUUGUGUAUUAAUUUGUUGUCACUGUUGUUAUGGGAAUAUCUUUUCAAGCCCUUGUGAAGGGAUGUCAGUUCUGACAGGGGAAGGCUGCUCAGCUGCUGUAAAUACCCUGCUGUGCCUCCUCCCACUCCUUUGCUUUCUGCUGCCCAAACCCAGAUGUUGUGUUGGGGGGUGUGAAGCUGACUCCACGGGGGGAAAAGCAGAUGCUUUUGGUUUUAGCUUUUAUUUUGCUGCAGAUAACGAGAGUUGUUAGAAAUGUGGCCUCUUGGGGCUUUUACCACCAUACACUGUCAGAAGUGUUACUUGGUGUGUCUGUACUGUCAGGGUUUCAGGCUAGAUGCCCCCCAGCAGCUGAGGGGAGGCUGCAGCCGAGGCUGUGGUCGUGCUCUGAGCUUUUUGUUGGCAUUUAGAGAGCAAAACUUAAGUUUUUAGAUUCUUCCAGGACAUGUGAAUCACUUGGAUGACAAGUGAGCUGUGGUGGCCGUGAACUUUGUGGUCCCUGCUGAUGGAGCAGCAAAGGUUUGCUUGUCAAGGUCUGCCAGGUGAUGGGCUGAUGGCUGCGAGUUGUUUCAGAUCAUUUAAGCUCUCAGACCUCAGGGAAUUUUGUGCUUUGCCUUCAGAGGAGCAACAUGAUGUUUCCAGCCACUGUUGAGAAUAACUGUUGGGACUUCCAGGGUGAAGAUGAGGUUGGACUUGGCACUUCUGGGUUUCCAGUUCUCUUUGACUUUGUAAUUCUUUACAUGGAAGUUAAGUGCCUUGUUCCUUUGGGAAUUACACUGUUUUUAGUGAGUAAACCUUUCUUUGGCAUUUGCUCUGAUGGGUAACACUAGUGCAGGUCACACGUGCUGUGGCUGUGUUGUAUUGCUUUGUUUGGUGUUUUUCUUUCCUCCCCAGCUUGUGGGUUGUUGGUUUUUUUUAAAUAAAAUGACUUUGUGUA